AUGCUAGUCUCGUGGAUUAGUAAUACGUUGGAUGAUGCUUUGCGUCCAACCAUCAUAGAUUAUGAUGAUGUGCGUGAGUUAUGGGUGCAUCUUCAACAGCGUUAUUGCGUUGUAAGUGGUACAAGAGUCUGCCAAUUGAAGAAUUCCUUAGGAGAGUGUAAACAGAUGACCACGGAGUCGGUGACAGAUUAUUUCGGACGAUUAUCCAAAAUAUGGACGGAGCUGCUACAAUACUGCCGGGUUCCCAAGUGCUCUUGCGGGCAAUGUACGUGCAAUAUUGCACAUCAAGUAAGUGACAUUCGUGAUGAAGAUUACUUGCAUUAUUUUCUGAUUGGACUUGAUGAUCCAUACGAGGCAAUCCGGGCUCAAUUAUUGGUGCAAACACCCUUGCCUCAUGUGGAUAAUGCAUAUCAGGCUGUGAUAAAUACCGAGAGACUUCGUUCUCGGGAUGGAAAAACAAAGGAUAAUGUCAUGGCAUUUAAGGUGGACUCGCGCCCUAAGUCGACCUCGGGUGAUGGUGAAAGACCCUUUUGCACCCAUUGCAAUCGGGAAGGACAUGAUAAGUAA